GCCAGCCCAGUGCCUGGUUUCUGCUCUAGGCCUGGUCCCCUUGCCGCCUGUGUCCAUCACCGCGUGCAGCAACGCCGGCAGAAUGUCUGACAAACUGCCCUACAAAGUCGCGGACAUUGGCCUGGCUGCAUGGGGACGCAAGGCCCUUGACAUCGCCGAGAACGAGAUGCCGGGCCUGAUGCGCAUGUGGGAGAUGUACUCGGACUCCAAGCCACUGAAGGGCGCCCGCAUCGCCGGCUGCCUGCACAUGACCGUGGAGACUGCCAUCCUCAUUGAGAACCUUGUUGCCCUGGGCGCCGAGGUGCAGUGGUCCAGCUGCAAUAUCUUUUCCACCCAGGACCACGCAGCGGCUGCCAUUGCCAAGGCCGGCAUUCCAGUGUAUGCCUGGAAGGGCGAAACAGACGAGGAGUACCUGUGGUGCAUCGAGCAGACGCUCUACUUAAAGGACGGGCCCCUCAACAUGAUCCUGGACAAUGGCGGUGACCUCACCAGCCUCAUCCACACCAAGUAUCCACAGCUCCUGUCAGGCAUCAGGGGCAUCUCUGAGGAGACCACGACCGGGGUCCAAAACCUCUACAAGAUGAUGGCCAAUGGGGUCCUGAAGGUGCCUGCAAUCAAUGUCAAUGACUCUGUCACCAAGAGCAAAUUUGACAACCUCUAUGGCUGCCGGGAGUCCCUCAUCGACGGCAUCAAGCGGGCUACGGAUGUGAUGAUCACAGGCAAGGUGGCGGUGGUCGCAGGCUAUGGCAACGUGGGCAAGGGCUGUGCCCAGGCCCUCAGGGGCUUUGGGGCCAGUGUCAUCAUCACUGAGAUAGACCCCAUCAACGCACUGCAGGCUGCCAUGGAGGGCUUCGAGGUGACCACCAUGGAUGAAGCCUGCAAGGAGGGCAACAUCUUUGUCACUACCACAGGCUGUGUGGACAUCAUCCUUGGGCGGCACUUUGAGCAGAUGAAGGAUGAUGGCAUUGUGUGUAACAUAGGACACUUCGACGUGGAGAUUGACGUCAAGUGGCUCAAUGAGAAUGCAGUGGAGAAGGUGAACAUCAAGCCCCAGGUGGACCGCUAUUGGCUGAAGAAUGGGCGCCGCAUCAUCCUGCUUGCCGAAGUCCGGCUGGUCAAUCUGGGUUGUGCCAUGGGCCACCCCAGCUUCGUGAUGAGCAACUCCUUCACAAACCAGGUGCUGGCACAGAUUGAGCUGUGGACCCACCCUGACAAGUAUGCUGUUGGUGUUCACUUCCUGCCCAAGAAGCUGGACGAGGCAGUGGCUGAAGCCCACCUGAGCAAGCUGAAUGUGAAGCUGACCAAGCUGACUGAGAAGCAGGCGCAGUACCUGGGCAUGUCCUGUGAUGGCCCUUUCAAGCCUGAUCACUACCGCUACUGAGAGCCAAGCCUACCUUUCACCUUCCAGUGCUCAGGCCCUACCUCUCCUCCCCAAGAGCAAGUGGCACCACCUCUGCAGUUGGAUUUUCAGUGAUGUCCCCUUU